GGGUGAAGCUGCAGUGAGGCGGAUUCCACCACUAGAGUUCUCCCCUGUACUUGUCCCUAUCCACUCCACCUCCACCACGGCACUGUUUACUUCCAGCGCUGUGCUACUUACUGGGGCCAGCUGGGCACACAGACAGCCCCAUCUCUAGCCUAUACACACUUGCAAAAUACUAAUGUAAGGAGCUCCGACUGGACCCUCCGCAGCGCCGCGUGUUGGUGACACUGUGCCGAGUUGAGAUGAAUAAAGAAAUCAUGUCUCGUGUGGUGAAGAGGCGGCAGGCGGACCCCAAAGUGGUCCAGUACGUGUGGGCCGCCAUCGAGGUCAUCCGCAACCAGAAGCAGAUCGCAAACAUGGACCGCAUCUCCAAGUACCUGAGCCGUGUGUUUGGGAUGCACCCUAAGGAGACCGCCCGUCAGCUCAGCCUGGCGGUGAAGGACGGCCUGGUGGUGGAGACCCUCACUGUGGGCUGCAAGGGCUCCAAGGCGGGCAUCGAACAGGAGGGCUACUGGCUGCCCGGGGACGAGAUGGACCCGAAAGCAGAGGGCAGUCAGGACUGGGAGACCGAGAGCCACGACUGGUACUGCUUCGAGUGUCACCUGCCUGGAGACGUGCUGAGCUGCGAUAACUGCUUCAGAGUCUACCACCUCAAGUGUCUGUCGGACGAGUGCCGGCCCCGCGACCCAGGAUCGCACUGGCAAUGUACCAUCUGCAGGGGAAGUAAAAAGAAGAAUCUCAACAAACAGGAGAUGUGCAAAUACCUGCGUUUUAUCGUCCAGCGCAUGAAAGAGAGGGCGGUGGACCUACACAAGAAAGGCAAAGACACCAAGCAUCCCAUGUACAGAAGACUCAUCCACACUCCUCUGGACGUGGCCAAUAUUCAAGAGAAUCUGUCAGAAGGAAAGUAUAAGAAUUUUGAGGAGUUCAAAGCAGACGCUCAGCUCAUCGUUCACAACACGGCCAUUUUGUACGGAGUUCACAGUGACCAGGCAGAAAUCGCACGGUUGCUCUACAGUGACACAUGCCAUGAGCUGAACGAGUUGUUAUUGUGUAAAAACUGUUUCUACCUUUCAAAUGCGCGGCCUGAUAACUGGUUCUGUUACCCAUGUAGUCCCAGUCAUGACUUGGUGUGGGCCAAAAUGAAGGGCUUCGGGUACUGGCCGGCCAAAGUGCUGCAGAGAGAGGACAACCAGGCAGACGUCCGCUUCUUUGGACACCAGCACCAGAGGGCGUGGAUCCCAUCAGACAACAUCCAGGACAUCAAAGUGAGCGUGCAGCAGCUGCAGGUGAAGCGCAGUAACGGCUGGAAGAAGGCCUGUGAGGAGCUGGAGGUGUACCAGCGCUUCCUCCGAGAGGGACGCCUCUGGAAGACCAAGAUGGAGGAGGCAGGAGGCCAGCAGCCCAGCGCCCGCUCCCAACAGCAGCCAGAGGAGAGGGGAAGCAGGACCCAACAGCAGCCAGAGGAGGAGAGAGGGGGCAGGACCGAGGACGCAGAGUCCAGUAUCUCCUCCACCAGCAACGAGCAGGUCCGACAUCUCAAGAGCAGCCACGAGCCUAAAGCCAAGAAAAGUCGCCGAACUCAGUCUGCUGAACCCAAAGAAGAAUCUAGUGACCCAGAGCCGGAGAUGGAGGCGGUGAGCUCGAGUCAGGAGGUCCCGGUCUCCUGCGGCUCUCAGCAGCCGGAGAAACUGUCCGUGUCCACCCAGACCAAGAAGGCCAGCGGCAGCUCCCCCCGCACCCUGCACCGCUCCACCCAGACCAGCACCGACGGGGCCUGUCAGAACAUGUGCCACGAGAAGUACACCAAAGUCUUCAACGAUGUCAAGGAGAUGAUGAAGGCCGACAACAAGAGGGAGACCGAGAGGGUGGUCCGGGAAUCUCUUGAGAAGCUUCGAGCGGAGAUGGAGGAGGAGAAGCGUCAGGCUGUGAGUAAAGCCCUGAGCGGAGCCCAGGCUGAGAUGGACAGAAAGUGUAAACAGGUGAAAGAGAAGUGCAAAGAAGAACUGGUGGAGGAGGUCAAGAAACUGGUGUCUCAGCACAAGCAGCUCAUCUCCCAGACCAAGAAGAAGCAGUGGUGCUAUAACUGUGAGGAGGAGGCCAUGUACCACUGCUGCUGGAACACGUCCUACUGCUCCAUCAAGUGUCAGCAGGAGCACUGGCACGCUGACCACAAACGCACCUGCCGCCGGAAGAGAUGAGCAAGACCCGCACCUCCCCCAGACCCGCCUCAGACCCCCUCCUCAGACCUGUCUCUCCCCCCCCCCCCCCCCCCCCCGACCCACAAACCACAACACAGCACCCCAUUGGCCGCUUCCCUCUGAGAGCUCCGUCACUCACUUUGUGUCCUGGAAAAAAACUGUCUGGACCCAGCAAGUUUUGCUUAAGAAGAGAAUUUUUUGUCUUUUUUUUCCUAUUUCAUAUUUAAUAUAACCUUUGUUUUGUUUAAAGUUUCUAUAUUUGCUGAACAUUUUGCUCGAAAAGCAAACGCAGAGGAAGCUUUUGUUGUACGGAAAUGUGUUUAUUUAAGUGUGCCGUUACAAAUGAGCAUUACCUGAAUACAUUUUAUUAUGUGAAUUUUUAAAAAAUCACCUUUUCUUACUGUAAAUGCUACACAGACCAUCUUAAAGCUGUAGCACUGUCUAGCAUUCGACUAGCUUUGCUUUCUUAAAAAUUAAGAAAAUUAUCAAAAAGAUGUGAUUUACUGAGUGUCCCCCAAAAUGUUUUGGUCAGAAGCACCUUUUAUUGUUCUACCUAAAAUCUAAGUCACUUAUUGGGAACAGGGUCACGAAGUCGGCUUGAAAAGACACCGACAAAAUGAAUCUUCCAAAUGUUAGGAAUCAACAAAUGAUUGUUUCUGCACAUUUUGGGUUUUAAAGAGAAUAGAAGGUUUUCUGAAUUUGGUAAGCCUUUGAGGAUUUUUAUACAAUGGGCCAUAAGUUUUUUAAUUUCAUUAAUUAUAAUUAUGAAUCAAAUUUUUUACCUUUUCAGUUCAUACACUGUAAAAAUGAGGGUUAAAUUUGACCAAUUAUUUUAUGUUGAAUUUCCACCUUAAAUGUCCACCUUAAAUUUCAUAGACUUUAACUCGACUGUCAACGUUGACGAUUAGCUCAUGUUAUUUUCUUGUUUUGAGCGAUGACAGAAACUACCUUCACAUAUUUUGGACAUAUUUUGGUUCAUUUUUUCUACAGUGCGAUCCCUUUCUUCCGCUCUCCCGAGGUGCAAAAAACUGUAUAUUUUCCAAGCGUCUUGUGUCAUUUUUCUAUAGUGCUGUUUUUCCGAUGAGGUGAGUUGCUAUGACGACUUUUUCACUGCUAAUGCUGUUGUUCAUGGUCAGUGCCUGUCUUUUACUUUCUCUCGCCCUCUUAAAUGCAUGUCCAAAAUUCUCACAUUUUUAAAUUCACUUCUAUAGUAAAAUAAAAAAAAAACGUGCAAAAAAUGAUGGAUGGACCAAUAUAAACCCUUAUGCAAAUGUAAAUUAUGAACUCACUGAAAAGCCGCAGAUUUCAUGGCAGACUUUUUCUCAGUUAUGAAGUUGAUGACUGAACAGAGGAAAUAUUCUCACAUUUUCAGUUGAAAUGCAUUGAUGUGUUUCGUUUUGAAAAAUUAACUCUCGUAAAUUAAAGUGCGCUGUUUAUUUACUCUUCUGUCUCGUUACGCUCACCAUUAACGGGCUUGGGAAAACUGAUACUUUUUGUUAACUGAAAAAAGUGUAAAGUGCAUAUGACAGGUACCAGCUUUUCACUAAAACAUAGUUAACAGAUUUUACUUUUUAAAAAAUAGACACAAUUAGUCUUUUUUUUUUAUUCUGGUGAAGUUUAUAAUUUGACUUCCUGGUUGGACACAGGCAGCAGAUGUGAUGUACUUAGAGGUCAUCCCAGAUCUGUUACCUAGCAACCAUGCUGAAUUACACAAUAGUUAUGAUUAGACUGAUAUAAAUGGAUGACAACACCAAUGUUUAGUCUGUCAGAUAAAUGUGUUCCUUGCUUGUAAAUUAUCUCUGUUUUGGAUAGAAUAUUUGAUGUUGAUGGCAGGUAGAGGGAUUCCGUUAUAGAAGUCACCACUACUGUAUUUUUGUACUUUUCCCACUAACUACCACUUAAGUGAUGUUGAUCUGGGUCAAAUGCAGAGGACACAUUUCUCUAUGGGGACAAUAAUGUGUACGUUAAUCUUAACCAUAAAACUAUGAUAAAUAUUGCCCCAUCCCACCAAACCAAGUCGUAAUUUAAAAAAAACAUGAAAACCUGUCAUAUGCACUUUAACAAACUAAACUACACCACCUGUGCACUUGUCUUCUAAAACACCAAAAUCCCAGUAAAACACAUUUUCCUCCUCUGUCGUAUUACUGACAUAUAUAUCUUUGUUUUUCACUGUUGCACUAAAUGUAAAUACUCAUUAUUUUGUGAAUCAGACCUUCAGCAUUUCGACAGUUCUCAUUUUGUACAUUAGAUUCUGUAAAUACGACUCAAUUGGUCUCUGAGUCACUUUCCACGUGUGUUGUUGAGUUGUGUUAUUGUUUUGAUGCAAAGUUUAGGUUGCAAAUCAACUUUAUGUAAUUGUGUUUUCAUUUCAAUGUUUUAAAUACCUUUUGUAAGAAACUGGUUGAGAAACUUCACAGCCAAAACACUGCAAUAAUGUUCUUUUGUCUAUUCAUAAUUAUUCAUUAUGUAUGUUUUCAGUCGCAAUACCUCAAGUGUCCUCUGUACUACACCAACCAUGUUAAGCGUCAGAUAUCAAUGUUUUGAAGAAGACCUAUUCUGCAAAAUUGACUCUAGAGCUUUUAACCAUGUUAUAAUUGUUGUCUCUUCUUAUUUACCCUCUCAAAAUUGUUUUUAAAGAUUACUCAAACAUUCAUAAAUCGCUCUAUACUCCCUACCUGUUUUCACCGCCACAGGUACACGCCCACUGUGAUGUGCUUACUUACUUCUCCAAUUUUUGUAUCUUAAUCAGUGAUACGUGCAGGAUUCAGCAGCAUCGCCGCCCUACAGAGCAUAAUCUUGUAGAGCGGCGCCUUGUUGUGAUGGCAUUUACUUUGACAUCAGCUCCCAUUAGGCCCUGCAAUUUUACAACCAAAAUAUCAGCAAAUUUGUUUCUUUUAUAAAGUCGUUUUAGGUCAGUACUCUUGUGAUUUCAAAUGUUCAAAAUACAACAUAAUGACCCACGGGGUGUCAUUGAUUAGAACUAUAGCAGACAAAAGCACAAUAUGUCUUCUUUAAGACUAAAAUACUCACCAAUGCCAUUAACACAGUUUAAAAAAUACCAAUGUUUUUAGUAUAUAUUCUGUAGUGUUGUGACUCAGAGGCCAUGGUAUAUUUUUUAUAUUUGUCCAUCCAGUCAUUACCGUGUCAGAAAACUGCGCUGUAAGAACUGCAUGUCAAAAACUCCCUUCUAACUUGUAAAAACUUGAGAAAUGCAAUAUGACAAUGACUUUUUUAAUGCCCC